AUGAUUAUCAACACAAACAACAAUAACAAAGAUGGAACACCUUCAUCAUCGAAUAUCAACAACCUAUCACAACCUUUGAAAACUAACUUGGAAGCUCAAAAACGUGAUGAUCGAUUCAGAUUCCAAUUUCGAUUACCAUCAACUGAACAUUUAUUACAAAGUGUGGAUGCUUUCUUUCUUGUGGAGGAACCUUCAGAGAAUACUGACGAAACAGCAUCUCGAAUUGUACAUUAUCGUGGAAAAUUAUCUGUAUCAGAAGCCUAUCUUACCUUUUACUCAACUAAUCAAGCUUCUCAGUAUCAAUCUGUUCUACCAUUGUAUACCAUCCGACGUGUGGAGAGACUCAGCGAUAAAGCUUAUUCCUUGAAAAUUCUCAAUUGGCAUCAAGCAACAAUUCAAUUUGAUCUUCAAGUCACCAAAACACAAUUCGAUUCGUUUACAACAUUAAUGACUGAAAACUUACGCAACCAAAUUAAGUAUAUGAAAAUGAUGAAACGGUUUCUUGCAACUUGCCCAUCUACAGCAUUGGUGGCCGACAAAGGUUAUGAAGAUAUUGAUAAAAUGCCUGGAGGUUUGGGUCUCGAAUUUGGAUUCCCUGGUGACGCACGUCAACUUAAAGAUCGAAGCAAAAUGAAGCUUUGGAAGAAAUUCUUUAAAGAAUAUGGUCGCAAUUUGACCAUAUCAAAAACUACUCGGUUCUCUAAACUUAUUCGCGUUGGAUUACCAAAUAGACUUCGUGGUGAAAUAUGGGAAACGUGCUCUGGAUCCAUCUAUCUUCGCUUUAUGAAUCAAGGUUUAUAUGACAAAUUAUUGGAAGACAACAAAAACAAGAGUUCUCUUAGUUUGGAAGAAAUCGAAAAGGAUCUCAAUAGAUCUUUACCAGAAUAUUCAGCCUAUCAAACACCUCAAGGGAUCAAUAGUUUACGACGUGUACUUAGCGCUUACUCAUGGAAAAAUCCUGAACUUGGGUAUUGUCAAGCUAUGAAUAUUGUUACUUCUGCAAUUCUUAUUUAUAUGAGUGAAGAGCAAGCAUUUUUUACUUUGAGUAUACUAUGUGAUGACAUGUUGCCUGGAUACUAUAGUACGUCCAUGUAUGGUGCUCUUCUGGAUCAAAUCAUCUUUGAACAUUUAUUAGAAACGACCAUGCCAAUACUACACAACCAUUUCAAGAAAAAGGAUAUUCAACUAUCAGUCGCUUGUUUACCAUGGUUCCUCAGUCUAUAUAUCAACUCUAUGCCAUUGUUACUCGCCUUUCGUGUACUUGAUUGCUUCUUUAUGGAUGGACCAAAGGUUUUAUUCCAAAUUGGUUUAGCUAUUCUGAAAAUCAAUGGAGAUGCUCUCUUGGAAACCUACGACGAUGGUGCUUUUAUCAAUGUACUGAAACACUAUUUUAGUCAAUUGAACGAACCUCUGUAUCCGGAUUCGGAAAACCCCAAAGCAAGACAUUUGACGAAAUUCAAUGAGCUUUUACUUGUAGCGUAUCGCGAAUUUGGAAACAUCACUGAUGAAAAGGUACGAGAACUGCGGCAAACACAUCAACUUAAGGUGGUAGCAGGUAUCGAGUCAUUCACCAAACGAUCAACUAUUCGAAACAUUGACAAUACGGCGGGUCUCAACAAGGAUGAGCUCAGUGUCAUUUACGACAAAUUUUACAAUGUUUUAUAUUACAAACAGCAUCAUCGACAUGAUCGUUAUGAUCCUUCGACACCAUCCUCUUCCUCCUCCUCAAGCUCAGCAACAAAUACCAAUUCUACUGUAUCUCGUAUGGAUUUGACUUCGUUUGAAACUUUCUUUGGAUCUUUGGCAAAUUGGGCAAAAUUGACAAAUCAAGACUAUGAACCUGAACGCGAAAGGCAGCUCAAGGUUGGGAAACUUUUACUGGAACGGUUAUUUGCACUAUUUGAUGUGACUAAUUCGGGAACUGUCAGUCUUCAGGAUGCCAUAUGUGGUAUUGCUUCUAUUGUGAAAGGUGAUUUGAAUGAUCAUAUUCAACUUUUCUUUAAUCUACAUGAUUUGGACAAGGAUGGAUUAUUGAAUCGAGAAGAAGUACUUGAACUUUCUGAAACACUAUUAUGGAUAUUCCGAGAUACAUCUGAUGAAGAUCAUUUAAAUUCGGUGUCCACCUUUUUACAUCAUGCGUUUGAAUAUGCGGAAAUCAAAGACUCAGGCGCUGCGGACAAGGAAUCACAAGAUACUUUCUUAUCAAAGGAAUCACUCAGGAACAUUUAUAUUCACACUGAUUUAUUAUCCAAACAUAGGAUGAUCGUCUUGGCGGAUGAAAUAUUGGAGAACUUCUUUGAUCAUGAAUUUGCUCAAUCAUUCCAAUUGGUUGAAAAGGUGGUUGAAAAACAACGAAGUCUUGGUCGUGAAAUCUUUGAAAACUUGCUUGCAACUGGUGCCAGAUUUACCAAUGGCAAGUCUUCUUUAUUACCUAGUGGUCGAACAGCCUCUCCUGGUGUACCAACUUCACCACCUUCCAAAUCUUUAAUAUCAGUAUCAAGUAGUAGUCAACCUUCAAUUUCUUCUUUGGCGAGCUCUGUCAACGAAGUUGAACACAAAUCAAAUUUGGACAACGACAACGAGAAAAAGGAAAUCAAACUCGAUGAUCAAGAUAUUUCUUCUGGUGAUACUUUCAAUAAGGAAAUUGGUGAUGGUAAACUAGAUGAUACUCAUGAAGAAGAUGAAAUCACAGACAAAGAAAAUCUAUUUGGAUUGGAUGAAGAAGAAGAGGAUGAUGAAGGUGGUGACGUUCUGGAAGAAGUGGAAAAGCUCUUACAACAAUAUAAUGGCAACGCGGAUGAAGAAUAG